AUGCCAGGCCUCUACGCCCUCCUGUCCUGGGAGGCUCUGCCCCUGAAGAGCUCCACGGUGAAGGCUUGUGCCAACGGAUACUCCCUGAGCAUCACUGCCCGCCUCACGUACACCAACCCCCACAGGGAGCCUGUGGAAGGCAUCUUCAUCUACCCGCUGGAGGAGUCGGAGGUGGUGGCCGGCUUUGAGGCGGCGGUGGGCGGCCGGCGGGUGACGUUCCAGCUGCAGAACCGGCAGCGGGUGCAGGAGUGCUGCCUGCAGUGCAGCCCCAGCCCGGGCCGGCCGCGCCGCUGCGCCAGCGGCCACCUUGUCGUGGAUGAGGAUGUGGAGCGCUCCACCUUCAUCAUCGCCACUGGCACGCUGUGCCCAUCGGAGAGCCUGGCUGUCACCCUGAGCACGGUGCAGGAGCUGCCCACGCUGCCGGACGGGGCCCUGCGCCUCCUCCUGCCCCCCGUCCUCACGCCCCACGUCCCUGCCGACCCCGAGAGCGAGCCGGCAAGCUUGUGUGACGACAGCCCCACCAGCUGUUUUGGGGGGCCAGGUGCCCGGAGCCAGUCACCCACUGUGGUGCCUGUGGAGAGCGUGGAUGUCUUUCGGGGACGACCCUACAACCAUUUUCCUUAUGAGUUCACCUUCGAGCUGCUGGUGAAGGGCCCCUGCUUGCUGGCAGGGCUGGAGAGCCCAUCACAUGCCCUGAGAGCCGACGCUGACCCCUGGGCCAGUUCUGCCACCACCACCUGUGUCACCCUGGCUGAGCCCCACCGCUACGACAGGGACCUGGAGAUCAUCCUCUACCCUUGUGAGCCCCACAGCCCCCACCUGCUGAUUGAGGAUGGCACCAUGACGUACCCUGAGUACGAGGCGCACAUCCGGAGCCGCCGGGAUUACCUGCGGAUUGCCAGGAAGGACAGCAGUGGCGAGAGACAGGUGGCUUUUGUGCAGAAGCGUUUCCACAAAGACAUCUUCCCCAACCCCGUGCUGAUGCUGAACUUCUGCCCGGCUGCGGAGGGCGUCCCCGGGGACCUGCAGAGCGUCACCCGCGAGAUCCUCUUCCUCAUCGACCGCAGCGACACCGGCAGCGGCCCUGGCCUUGACAAGGUCAAGGAGGCUUUGCUGGUGGCCCUGAAGAGCCUCCCAUCAGGAACACUGCUCAACCUCGCCAGCUUCGGUGCUGACAUCAAGCCGCUCUUCCCAUCCAGUCGCCUCUGCAGCAACGAGACCUUGCGGCGCGCCUGCGAGCACCUUGGCGGACUGCGGGCGGAUCCUGGUGGCACCAACCUGCUGGCAGCCCUGGGCUGGGCUCUGGCACAGCCCCUCCACCACGGCUACCCUCGGCAGCUGUUCCUCUUCACCGGUGCAGCAGUGGGCAAUGCAAGCAGGAUCCUGCGGCUGGUGCGCAGGCAGGCCAGCACCGUCAGGUGCUUCAGCUUUGGCACGGGCCCGCGGGCGUGCCGGCGGCUGCUGAAGGCCGUGGCCAAGGUGAGCCGGGGCCGUGCCGAGUUCCUGAGCCCGGCCGAGAGGCUGCAGCCCAAGCUGAUCAAGUCCCUGAAGAAGGCGAUCGAGCCAGCCAUCAGCGACAUCACCAUCGACUGGUACGUCCCCGACAGCAUGGAGGCUCUGCUCUCGCCCACCGAGCUGCCGGCCCUGUACCCCGGUGACCGCCUCGUCAGCUACUGCGUGCUCUACAGCAUCGCCCGUUUCGGGCACCGGCGCCCGCUGGGCCAGGAAGGGACUCGCCACAGCUCCCGGGGUUCAGCCUUUCUCUCCCAACACGAGGUCCCCAGUGCUGGGGAGAGCCGACAGCCACCCCAGAGCAACCCAGGAACCGGGGAUGCCUCCCUGGAGGUUUUUGCUGGAAGUACAGAGGUGUCAGAGCGGAGUGAGUGGGGUCCAGAGCCGGGGUGGGGGGCAGUGGUGGAGCCACGGGCUGACAGGGUGUGUGCUCCCCGGGCAGGUACUGAUCCUGUUUCUGGGGGAGACAUCUGGAAGAGGAUUUACCAGCCCUCCUACAUCCAGGAGCAGUAUGUCCUGACACACUGCUCUGUCAGCACUGACCGCAGCCAGGGGCUGCUCUCCCGCAGCUCCACCAGCAGCGAGUCCACUGGCUCCCGGGAUGUGGCCCCUGAGGGUGGCUUCUUGGCCCCUGGUGCUGAUGUCACCUCCCAGCAGGGCCAGAAGAGCCUGUCCCUCUGCGAGUCCUCCACCAAAUCUGCCCCACUGCCCUCUGCCCCAGCUGGCACCAAGGUGACGGUGGCCCUGAGCACGGAGGAGCUGGCGCGGCAGAAGAAGGUGCUGGCACGCGCUGCCCUGGCUGGGCGCAGCUUUUCCACGCCACACGGGGAGCUGGAUGCCCAUCGGCUCUGCCAGGCCCUGGAGAAGGUGUCACAGAAGAGGAACCAGUCCCUGGAGGGGCGGCUGGAUGAGCUGGGACCGCAGACACGGCAAACGCAGCCCAGUGCAGCGGAAUCAAAUAACCUCCUCUCGCCCACCCACCUGGACUGGGACAUGCUGGUGGAGCCUUCCUACCUCUUCAGUGCCUCGCCAGCGCCCGAGCCAGGGCAGCCCAGCCCGGGCGAUGCCAGCACGCCCCUGCGCUGCCAGGUGGUGAUCCACGCGCUGCGAGCCGGCAAGCCCGUGUCCUGGGAAGUGACAGCCUCGCUGGAGCCACUGCUGCAGCCCCGGGAGGCGCCGGGCAGGGAGGAGCCGCCGCGGCGAGUGGCCAAAGCCUGGGACAAGCCACUGCACCGGCUGGCAGCGCGCUCCGUGGUGCGGGACAAUGAGAGCGUGGCGCAGCGCGAAGCCAAGCUGGAGCAGGGUUUCGCUCGCCGGUUCCGCCUGAAAGCCGUGCAAACCAGCAAAGCCUGCAACGUGCCCUCCCUCUACACCCGGCUGGUGCCCGUGGACUGUGCCACGCAGGCAGCCCUGCCCGCAGCCCCCGAGGUGUGGGGCAUAGCUGGCUCAGCCAGCCGGACGCGAGCUGCUGCGGCAGGGAGCUGGCACCACCGGGGCUCCUCAGCGGGUCAGGGGCAGCAGCAGGAUGUAGAGGAGCAGCACGAGGCCCCUGGCACUGCAGAGCGAGAUGAGAUGGCCAGGUCUCCGGGCAGCAUCUCCUCCCCUACCUUUGGCUGGGAAAAGCAGAACUACUCAAAUGGGCCUCCAUCCAGCCCCUCCACUACCUCCAUGGGCUCCCAGAAAUCCACAGAGAGCAUUGCAGGCUCCAGGUUUAGCCUGAGCAGGCGCAGGGGUCCCAGCCUGGCGCUGCGCCCGCAGUGCCUCAGCCCAGACAGUGAGCACUCCAGCAACCACGCGAGCCAUGACUACCUCCCGCUGGUGCAGCUGCAGCAAGCCCGGGGGCCGUUCCAGCUCACCGAGAGCUUCUCUGAAGUGGUGCAGAUCCCCCUGGACCGCCUGCGCCGGGCCUCCCCCUACGCCUCCCACCGUGCCAGCCUCAGCCCCAUGUCCCCAGGGGCCAGGAGCAUGCCGGAGGCAGGAGCUGGGGCUGAGGAGGGCGAGGAGCCCAUCACAGCCCCGCAGCCCAGCUCGCCCCCAUCCCGCAGCACGUGCUCCGAGGUGCCCAGCGCAGCCGUGUGGGCGCAGGCGGACAGCGGGCACGGCUCCGAGUCCGACACCGGGCCCCACUCGGCUGCCCCCUCUGAGGCCAGCGUGAGCUGUCAGGACACGGGGCCAGAGGAUCUGGAGAGUGCCAGCUGGGCCACGGCGGUGGCCUUGGCGUGGCUGGAGCACCGCUGCGCCGGGUUCUUUGAGGAGUGGGAGCUGGUGGCGGCCAAGGCGGACGCGUGGCUGCAGGCACAGCGCCUGCCCGAGGGGGUGGACGUGGGCUGCCUCAAAGGGGCAGCCAGGCACUUGUUCCUGCUGCUGCGUCACUGGGACGAGAACAUCAAGCUGAACAUGUUGUGCUACAACCCCAACAACGUCUGACGGCCGCCCCAGGGGCCAAUAAAGACACCCGGCUCCAA